AUGAAGGCGGCCCUCUACUUUGACAGUGCUGAGGGGUUUGGCCAAUGGCGAGUUUUGAUUUCGACUCGAGCAGACAGUCACUUGCGGCAGGCUAGGAAGAAGAACCGUAACUUGUUCGACAUUAUAAUCAAGAAAAUAAAAGAGCUUAGCAGUGGCCAUUUUUCCGAAGACAACCAGAAGCUGCUCACUGGUACUGAGACCGAUGUCCCGAUCUAUGAAGCGAAGAUGACACGAGACUCUCGUCUUGUAUAUCAAAUCGACUGUGUGCCCGAAUUUGAGAGCAAUGUGAGUAUACUCAUAGUGAUCAAGCUCUUCGGGAUCUACACCCAUGCUCAACUUGACCAGCGCUUCUGGGACGGGGUUGGUUAUCAACUAGGUCGCAAGGGCAAAGAAUAUAGGAAGAGGUGCACAUUUCGCAACAGACCAUCAAAGGUGGGAGUACACGCCGGAGUCAUCCUCCCCGCAGAGUUCCCCCCGCCGCAAGAGGCCACCCUGGAGUCGCCCUCUCUCGAAAAAUAUGUGACGUUCUCACAGGUACCUAGUUUCGUGACAUUUGUUGCAUCAACGCUAACGGGAGAUGAUCGUAUACUUGCCGAUGCAGACGUUGCACAUGUUUUCGACGUGUCACCGCUCGAGAAAGUGAUCAUCGAACACCAACAUUCUUGUUAUGUUCUCGGUAGGAGUGGGACGGGAAAAACUACAACAAUGCUCUUCAAGAUGUUGGGGAUUGAGCGGUCUUACCAGCUCAUGCAGAACGAAACUAUGCACAAGCCGCGUCAGAUGUUUGUGACUCAGUCGCGUGUCCUUGCGGAGAAGGUCAAGGACUUCUUCCUGAAGCUGCACGAGUCGUUGUUGAGUGCGGACAAGUCACCCGAAGAGAUCAGAGCAAUUGUUGCUUCCCGACAAGCACAACAGGAACAAGGGCUAGUCGAUCUUGAUGAGGAGAUUGACUGGAGAGGAGAUUUGCCCAAGCGUUACGGGGAUCUGACCGACGAGCAUUUCCCCAUGUUCAUCACGUAUGAUCAGCUUUGUCGUCUCCUAGAGGCAGAGCUUGACAACUCGCCGAACUCCCAAUCGACGAAGCCUUUCGUCCAGAACAUCGCCGAAGAGACCAAUGGCCAACAUGGACUGUCAAACGACUACAUGCAGCAGCUUCGCGCGGCCUUCGUCUCUUAUGGCGUCUUUUUGGAAUCUUACUGGCCUCAUUUCACGCAGUCACUGACGAAGGGAUUGGACCCGGCGUUGGUCUUCGCGGAAUUUAUGGGUGUCCUCAAGGGCUCGGAACAAACAUUGAGCAGCGAUGGUUUAUCCCUCAACAAAGACCAGUAUUCGAACCUCAGCCAUCGUACCCAAGGCACCUUUGUCAAUCAGCGCGAGACUAUAUACAAGCUUUUCCAAGCUUAUACGAAGAGAAAGCGCGACCACAGCCAUUACGAUGCCGCAGACAGGACCCAUGCGAUUCUCAAGAGACUCCGGGACGGGGUGCCAGGACAAUUGGUUGAUUUCAUUUAUAUCGACGAGGCGCAAGAUAACCUACUCAUCGACGCUCUUGUGAUUAGGACCAUAUGCAACAACCCAGAUGCCGGGCUUUUUUGGGCAGGUGAUACAGCACAGACCAUAUCCAUCGGCAGCGCCUUCCGGUUCGACGAUCUGAAAGCAUUCCUUUAUAGGAUCGAGGUAGAUCUAUUGAUAUCUGUUAAUUCCCAUGGGAGGUCCCGUCUGCAGCCUCGAACGUUUCAACUAGCCGUCAACUAUCGUUCGCAUGCGGGGAUUGUGAACUGCGCGCACUCGGUUAUCGAGCUCAUUACCCGAUUCUGGCCGCACGCGAUCGACAAUCUUGCUCCAGAGAAAGGCAUAAUCGAAGGUCUGAAACCUGUCUUCUUCUCAGGCUGGGACGAAGACACGGCACGAUACGAACAGUUCCUUUUCGGUGAAUCUGGAAGUCAGAUAGAGUUUGGCGCACAGCAAUGCAUCCUUGUGCGUGAUGAUGCAGCGCGGGAACGCCUUCGAGCGCAAGUCGGCGACAUUGGGCUGAUCAUGACGUUGUAUGAAAGCAAAGGUCUCGAGUUCAAUGAUGUCCUAUUGUACAAUUUCUUCGCCGAUUCCACCGUCGAUCUCUCUCAAUGGCGAGUCAUUUUGAAUGCACUUCCUGAAGGGCGAAAUGACAAGUACAAGGCCCCAACCUUUGAUGAUACCCGUCACAAUGGCGUGUGUCGCGACCUCAAAUUCCUCUACGUUGCGAUUACCAGAGCACGGAAGAAUCUCUGGAUUGCUGACAGUUCAGACAAAGGCAAUCCCAUGCGAAUCCUUUGGACCAUGAAAGAUCAGAUCCAGAACUGCACCCCAGGAUCCGAUGUUCCUCAGCUCGCGAUGUCCUCAACACCUGAGGAAUGGGCGAAGACAGCUCUAGCGCUUUUCAACAAUAGACGUUACAGUCAGGCCAUGCAUUGCUACGAACGAGCUUCCAUGCCCAGGGAGAAGGCUGUUGCUCAUGCGUAUUUCCUUCGAGAACAAGCCCGCUCAACAUCGGUCAACGCUCAAGAGCAUGGCUCAUAUCGCGAAGCCGCAUUCAGGACCGCAGCUGAUGCGUUUUACGAAUGUGCAGAGUCAGCGGUGAUAGAAAAAAAGAGUUACUUCCGUAUCUCAGCGGAGUGCUACUCGUUGAGUGGCGACGACGGUCUAGCCGCAGCGGCCUACGUGCGAGCUUCCGAGUACACUCUCGCUGCACAGCACUAUCGCAAAGGCGCAAUGUUCGAUGAAGCUGUCGACCUCAUCAGAUCGCAUCGUGAUGUCGUGGAUACAACUAUUGCAGAGUCCAUCAUCGAUGUCUCACGACUUGAAUACUUGAGGGAGCGCAAACUGAAACAAGCCAGAGAACUCUUUGAGACUGACGAGGAGGCCUUGGAAUAUAUGGAUGAUUUCGGUUUGGAUGUAGCUCAAGCAACCCUUUUGGAGGAGCUCGAACGCUUUGCAGACGCCGCUCAACUUCAUCUGGCAGAAGGUCGUACCUUGGAUGCCAUUAAAACACUCCUGCGAGACACCAAUACGGAUUCUCUCCAACUGGCGUGUCGAUACCUACUCGACGGUCUGUGGCGUGGACUGCCCCUUGGCUUGACGCCCCGGUCAGAAUCAGCCAGGGCGAACACCACAUUGACCGAAUUGAUUCGCAUGUCGGCUGACUUCAAUGUUGAUGCCUUGGACGAGCGCACUCGAGAUGAGCUUCUCAUGUUCCGAGCCAUAAUUGCCGAUGAUUCUGCUACGCUUCUGGAAUUGGGAGAACGAUUCUACCGGUGGCACGCGAAUGGUGCAGCUGCGCUGCGAUGUCUUGAUCAUGUCUUCACUGGACUCCCCAAACUACUAGUUGCAUCCGCCCUUGAAGUCACAUCGUCACUGCAUCAAUUCUUGUUGUACGCUCGAUUACUGCAGGGCUUCCUUUCUAAAGCCUAUUCAUGCGACAACGAAGACAUUCAACGGCUAGUUGGCUUCGAGGUCGCCACGGAGGAUUUUUUUCUUGUUCCUCGAGAGACAUACCUAUUCUCUCGUUGCAACCAUCACAGUACGCCUUCUUUACGACCGACAGAUCAGGGAGCACUGGUCCUGCGUUGGGAGAUCGAGAGGCUGUUCAAACAAAUUUUGCGAGGGCGCCUGCACCAGAAGGUUGUCGACGAAAACGACCUGUGUCGCAGGCUGAGAUCGCUGCAGCCUUGUUUAGCUUUCGUCGCAUCCGGACACUGCAGUCGAUUGGCAACUGGAGAGUGCCCCCUGGAGCAUCUGCCAGCGGAAGCGUACAAUUUGGAACUGUAUAAUUUGCGCGUUCGAAUCGUUCUGCAGCAAAUUUUGAUUUAUCAUACCAUAUAUUCCAUCGAACACCCGGCCGAGCUCAGCAGACAACGGCGCUACUGGCUGCGUCGGUUGCAUGAAAUGCUCAAUCCUCCCUUCUACAAGGUGGGAUCUCCUGCAAGUCUGAGAGGACUGACCAUCCCCGAAUUCAACGACGCGGUCCACACGAUCGGAAGUUGGCUCGUUGACUGGCUCUAUUCAUUAGACCCAUAUAAUCCGUCAGGCUAUGCGCCGAAUUUCCUCACCUCAUUCAUCAGAGUCGCAUCGUUGGCCUUCGCUUUUUAUCCCGAGGUCGCCCGCUUACAGAUUCCACGUGUCCGAUGCGUCUCGGCAUAUAGGCCAGAGAUGUUGAUGAGGCAGCACGCUAGCGAUGCGACCUAUGUUAUUCACGAUCUAAUCAAGUUCAUGGAAAACGAGACCCAGGCGUCCCUCUCAAGAGGAAUCCUCUUUACAUACCACGUUCUUCAAAAACAGGUUCCUAUUGAUGUGGUGGUCCUCUGCAAUUUCCUCGACUUCCUGUGCGGAUUGCUGGUGAUGUGUACUCAUUUCCGAUAUAACACCCUUCAUGAUGUAACGCUUCCCAAGAGCUGGAUUAUUCGGCUUUCGGGUAACCUCCACAAGUUGAAAGAUAGGGACACGCGUCUGGUGCAUGUGUAUAUCAGACCUAUGGCGGAGUUACUCAAGCAAAUGUACACAGGAGAAAAUGCAGAUCAUCUUCUUUACGAGUCUCGCAAUUUAUCAACGAUUACUUGGCGAGUCAGGAAUAUGUUUGUUGCACGUAUUUGCAAGAACCUCUGUCUGCUUGGGUAUAAUAGUAGACUUGACUGGUUACGUAAGGACAUAUUGGCUAUUGUGACCUCCUUACGGAAGCAUAUGCGCGGAUCUGAUCCCCUUCUUGAAAGAUAUAUUUCUGCGCGCUUGUGGGACCAUCUCGCUCGUGAAGUCCGCCAGAACUCUGCGGCCAAUACUUCGCUGGACGAGAUGAUCCAGAUCCACGAGGCAAGUCGGACGUCAGGACAAUUGCCCACCUUCCCGAACGUACGUCACAUUGUGUACAACACGAUCGACGAAAUUCCUAUUCUGCUGGCUUCCGGUGCCACUUCGCUUCCCAAGGCGGAGUUGAGACGCGACGCGACGCCAUUCCCGCAGUCUCACGAAGCCAACGAAACGCAGGUGAACGGUAUGAUGAUACCAGCCGUCUCGACGGCACCGUCACCCGACGAUGUGUACACUGCUGGUGACGAGGAUAUCGAUACGGAAGACGUGGGUGCCGAAGAUAUGAAGCCGGAGGAAGAGUUUGACGGGGCGGAUGUGGUGAUAUCGGCGGAGGACAGCCAGAUGAACGCGGUCUCGAUGCAGCCAUCGGAGCAAGAGCUCAAGGCUGCGCUCACCUUGCUCACUGUCUAUCGGGCCUACGUCCUGCGGCGCACGCGGCGUGAGCAGGAGCGCUCGAUGAAGGCCAUCCACGCGCUCAGGCGCCGUGUCAUCGCUUCCUUCCACAUAGCGUCGAAAGACAUGGAGUGGCCGCACAGGUACUAUCGCAUGCUCUUCCUGGGGCCCAUACCGCAUGCGGUGAUCUGUCUGGAGCUGUUGCACGCCCAUUUGGCCGAGGCGAAGAGUAGCGCUAAAAAGCGACUCAACAUUGCCAUACACCACGAUCUCGAGGCUGUCAAGGCUGGUCUCACCGAAAUAGUGCAAUUGGUGAAGGGAUCUCAACGCUUGAAGGAGGCGCUCAAGCCCGACGCGGACCUCCAUAAGCGGCGCGACAUUGAGCAGCUCAAGAAAUAUGUGGUCGAGGUCAGGGAAUUGGCGCGGCGCAUGUCAACGAAGGAUUGGCAGGACGAUAUGGAGCUGGCAUACAAAGGGAUCGUCGAACCGAGGCAGCCGCCGGCGAAGAAGCCUAAGCCCGAGUUGAACGUCGAUGAUGAGAUUGACGAUGAGUAUAUGUGA